UCCUAUUAAAUGAAACCUAAGGCUUAUAAGGUCUAGUACGGAUUCAUCGUAGUGGCUUUGUGUCAGUUCUAAAACUUAUGUUUGAGUUGGUUGCUGAUUAUCUACGUUAAUAUAGUGGAAAGGUGUAUUUCUCGUGUAUGGAUUUCAUGUGAAAAUUAUGAACUUGCUGCACAUUAUGAAAAUCGGAUAUGCUAUCUUAAUAGUGAGUAUAUUGAUUAUGAUAUGGAUUUCGAUGGUAGAAUCAAAAGAGAUAGAAUCGGCCCAUGAUUCUCCAUGUUUUUUCAACCCACUGUGUACUUGCUCAAAAUCAGUACCAGAUUUAGGAAUUGUGAGGUGUGAAGAUGUUCAUUUACCAAGUAUACCAGAAACUGUCAAUAUUUCUAAGGUUUUCAUGUUACAUUUAGAAAAUAAUCAAAUGAGAACUAUAGAACCAUAUUUUCUCCAAAGUACAGGACUUUAUCAAAUAAUCAUCAGCAAAAAUCCACUAUCCAUGGUAUCGGAUGAAGCUUUUAUUGGUUUGGAGAGAUCUUUAUGGGAGCUGGAAAUAAGUCAUUGCGACUUAACAGUAGUCCCUAAUAGAGCUAUCAGAUAUUUAAGAAAAUUGAGGCGUCUAGAUCUAACAGGUAACGAUAUCAACAAAAUAUCACCAGAAAACUGGAGAGGAAUCGAGCACUCACUGGAAGUUCUCAUAUUAGCUGAGAACUUCAUAAGUCACCUACCUAUAGAUGCCUUUUCGGGUCUCCCCAAUUUAGAGACAAUAGAUUUACGUGGCAAUAACUUGAGAGAAAUCGAACCAUCUGUUUUUAGAGAUGGUAUGGGUAAACUGGCUCACCUUAUUUUGGCUGACAAUCAAUUAGGUUCUAUACCAUACCAAGCCUUACAACCUAUGAGAUUUUUGAAAACACUAGACUUAAGUUAUAAUAGAAUUAAUAAAAUGGAACCAUCAACAGAUCCUGGAGUUAAUAUAAAUCUAAACUAUCAAUUGAAUUUGGAUCUAUUUAAGCUAGAUUACAAUCAAAUAAAUAUCCUAAAGCCCAUGUCAUUUCAAUAUUUCAAUGUUGUAAAUAAAACUUAUUUGGAUGGAAACCCUAUAAUUUCAUUAGAGGAGAAUUCAUUCAGACAAGCCAAAAUUCGAGAAUUAUAUUUGAGAAGUUGCGGCCUCACCACAGUUAAUCCAAUGGCAUUUUCCGGCUUGGAGAAUUCUCUUGAAAUAUUGGAUCUUACUGGAAAUAAUAUUUCUCUACUUCCCGAAACUGUAUUUCAUUUACUCCAACUACUAAGGACCUUAUCUCUAAGAGAUAAUGAUAUUCAGAAACUAAAUCCUAUAGAAACAUUUAAUGGUUUUCAGUUUACUUUGUAUAAUUUAGAUCUAAGCGGUACCGAAAACGCAGUAGUGUCUCUUCAAGAUUUAAGAAGAUUGAGGAGUUUAAGAACUCUUUCUCUAUCAAAACUCAAACACACAACGUUGUUUGCAGACAAUUUUAUAGAAUAUGGAAUUGAUUUAGAGGAACUAGAGAUAAAUUUUGCAAAUCUACAAACUAUUAAAAACAACGCAUUCCAACAUGUCCAUGGUUUGAAAUUUUUAGACCUAUCUGAAAAUUCAAUAAAUACUAUUGAAACUAAUGCAUUCAUAGACAUAGCUCAUUCAUUGAAACAUCUGAAAUUAUCUCAUGGCCUUUCGUCGUCAUUAACAGUAAUACCAGUAGAUUCAAUAAAAGUUUUAUCAAACUUGAAAGAACUUGACCUAAGUAAUAACAAACUCAAGACGAUGCCAGAGACAUCAUUUCAUUUUCUUAAGCAGCUGGAAAAACUAGAACUUCAAGACAACAAUAUAGAAAUAAUACAUAAAGGAACUUUUCAAGGUGACAUUCAUGAGGAUUUAGAAGAAAUUUAUUUAUCGUUCAAUUCAAUCAAAUUAAUUGGACAGCACACAUUCGUUCACUUAGCUAAUCUAAGACAACUUCAUUUAGAUGACAACAGAAUUGAAUCGCUGGAUAGAAGAGCUUUCAUGAAUUUGAAACACAUACAAAGACUGAAUUUGAAAGGAAAUAAAAUAGCGUCCAUAUCUUUCGAAGCUUUCCAAAACUUACCAGAACUAGAGGAUUUGGAUAUGUCUUAUAACAAGAUAGACUCGUUUGAUUUUACAAUAUUUGAUCAAGUGGGAACUCUGUCUAUUUUUAGUGUUAAUAUCAGUCAUAAUAAUUUGAGAAAUUUGGUUGUAAAUAUACCGAGUAGUUUUGAAGGUGCAGUAUGUUCUUUUUGUCAAGGUAUUGGAAGUGUGCAUUCUAACAUCAAAAUAUUAGAUUUAUCCCACAACAAUAUCUCUUCGAUUUCAAAACAAUUCUUUAGACCCGUUGAACUAUCAUUGACGCAUCUUUAUCUAUCACACAAUAAUAUGUUAAAUGCAAGUCGAGACGUUUUUGGUAGCUUGAGACAUUUACAGUGGUUGGAUAUUUCUCACAAUGGAAUGUACGAAAUGGACUUCGACAUGUUUAGAAACACGAAAAAGUUACAGGUUCUUAUAGCUUCGCACAAUAAAAUAGCAGAUGUGGCCAAUGACUUAUUCAGGUUUUUAAAUAAUUUGAGAAUAGUUGACCUAUCACAUAACAGAUUAAGGGCUCUUCCUGACAACUUAUUUAGGGAGGAAGGUUUGGAACGACUAGAUCUAUCGCAUAAUAUGAUAGGUAAGCUACCGCUUACCAGUAUGUCGGUUGCCACUGCUAUGACAGUACGUGAAUUGGAUCUGUCUUGGAACAGUAUAUCUUCUUUAUCUCAUGGUGGGAUACUGAAUAGAUUCAAGAAGCUGAGUUUUUUAGAUUUAUCAUAUAACAGAUUAGCACAAAUUGAUGCAGGAACAUUCAAAGGUCUUUCUCGGCUAUCAUAUAUCGAUUUAAGUCACAAUACUCAACUUGCACUUGAACCAAAUGGUCUAAGCUUUCAAGGAUUGGAAUAUACUUUACUCCAUCUGAGAUUGGAUAAUGUUUCACUCUCAUCGGUACCAAAUUUACCAACACCAAAUCUCAUCUCUUUAACACUAUCUUCAAAUUCGUUACCGAACGUGCCACCUGAAAUGACAACGAACUUAACAAAAUUGCAACGAUUGUAUCUAGACGACAAUGACCUUACCGCCAUACCAAUAGUAACGCAUCAACUUGUUGAACUAAGAUAUUUUUCUAUAGCUGGAAAUCCUAUAACGUUUUUGAGUAAUACAAGUUUACUCGGAGUUGCUGAACAUCUAGUAGAACUUGAUAUACAAAACUUUGAUUUGAAUACUAUAGAGACCGGAGUGUUUUGUAAAAUGUAUUCCCUUCAAACAUUGAAAAUGGAUAACUUACCAAAUGUUAAAAAUUUGAACAUUCCAACUUUAUUACAAUACAACACUGGUUUAAGGAAUCUAGAAAUACACGUUGAUUCUCCCACAGAUGACAAUUUAGAGAAACAAAUGUCCGGUGACUGGCCUUUGAAACUAAAAAAUAUCACUUUUACUGGCAAAGGGCUCAAGAAAUUAGGAUUAAACGUCUUGAACGGUGUAAGAAGCCCUGUGUUACAUUUUGGCGUUCACAACACCAGUAUAAAAAAUUUGCCGUCCACUAUGUUUGAUAAUAUUAAAAGAGUGACAAAUUUAACAAUUGAUGUUAGUAAUAAUCAAGACCUUCAACAUUUACUGAAUCCUUCAAAAGGUAAUAUACCUAAUUUAUAUCAAAAACCCUUCUUGACGGAUUUGGACAUUACUGGUAAUAAAUGGACGUGUGAUUGCGAUUUAGGAUGGGUCGAGGUUUGGUUGAGGAAGCGUCGACAGUACUUAUGCGGAGAUAGUCCGUCUCUUACUUCGUCUUUCAGUGAUCCAAAAUAUACUUGUAGACACGCCGACGAUGAUCUCCGCACAGCUCUUUGUAAUAACAAAAAUAACCAAUCCGUUAUCGAUGUUUUAAAGACAGAGAUUGAGUGUGGUUGGAGCGAUGCAACACAUUUAAGCGGUGUUUCAGUUUUCGGAUAUACCCUUCUCAUAAUUAUUUCAAUGUUCAAUUUCUUCUAAAAUUGUUCUCCGAUUAUUAAUUCGUACUUACUAUCAUAAAAAUUUCCUGAAUUGGAAGACAUUAGCUCUAUUUCAUUGAUUGGUAACUGUGAGAAAGCGUAUUAAUGGUAAAGUUAUAAUUAAAUAUAUGAAAUGCAAAAAUACGGAGCUUUAAUUGUUUCAGUGGAUUUGAACGAGUCAAAUGAAUAUUUCUAACAUCUCUUUGUUGUUUUCUAUAAAGCAAUUUGCACCAAUAUUAUAGGUUUAGAUCAUUCAUUUCUCUCUUGAAUGUCAUUUAGUAUUGUUGAUAUUUGAAAUAUAUUGCAGCCCUAGAAACAAUUUUUGUUGUAUUUUUGCCCCUGAAGAUGUUAGUUACAAAUUCAAAAGUUAUUGUAUAAAUUGAUUCAUUUGGUAACUGGUCCUUUUUGUUCUCAAUUUCUGAAAGAGAAAUAUAAGACAAAUCAAAUUUGGAUAGCUGCGAUUAUUCAGCUUUUGUAGGUAAAUUUAAAGAUGUAGAUAUCAAAAUAACCCUAGAUUUCGUCUAUCAAUAUUACAUUUGAAACUUAUAUAUAUUCACCAUGUAUAUAUUCACGAUAUUACUAUCACUAGUCAGAUAGGAAACACAUGAUUUAAGAAUUUAUUCACAUAAAUGGAUAUUCUAUUUGCAUUAUGUCUAUUAGUUUCAAUGUAAACCUCUACUUUAUUAUCCCCAAGAAAACUGUACUGCUACUAUGGUGUCGUAUAUAGUGGAACUUUGACAACUUCUCCUGUUGGUGCACUAUCAAAUACAUCUGGCAAUUCCUUUUACUGUGCAAAUCCAAGCAAAUUCAUUCAUUUCGACUUUAAACUCUCACAACUUGCUUCUUCAUUCCCAACUUAAUAUAUACAUGAAAAAGUGAUAUUUUUUCCUUUCGUUACAAAAACUUCGUUGAUUACAUUUUGUUUUCUCUUGAGCCAGUUUGCCAUUUUAAUUAAAUCAAUGCAAAUACAUUUUUGUUCUUCAUAAUUGAUUUUUUUCAAAACUGGUGCAAAUUUUUCCCAUUCCUUUUUCAUUUUAUUGAAAAAAUCAAUAGAAUUUGAACCAUAUACAUUUUGGACUUCCAAUAAACAGACUCGACGGGAGUGUAUUUUGUCAAAAUCCAUUUUUGCUAUGACUCGUUUUAUAUAAUUAGGGAAUACUAUAUAUAUCAACAGACAUCUUUGAGAUAUUUUUCGAACCCUUUUUAAGACCAAAGAGUUAUUCACCCCACAACAGUUUCUAAUUCUCUACAAGGCCCGGAUACGUCCAUCUUUGGAGUGUUACUCGCACAUUUGGAGUUCUCAAUCAUACUCUGAGAAUCUCGAGUUGACCAGAAACCUGGAGAGCUUAAAGCAUGAGAGAAAGGUCGACUCUAUUUUACCGAUACUACCAUGACAGAUGUUAUUUCGAGUUGUCCACCACCAUAAUCCAGUAUUUACAAGACUUACUCGACAGGCAAACGUGACUCCGGGUUCGCCUGCAGACGCCUAUAACGUCAAUUUACCGAGACUCUUUUCUUUGAAGGAGUACAAGCCUGUGGAUUCAGCUAUCAAGGCACGUCUUUCCCGAACACUACAGCCUACAGAAGUUUAAGAUCAAUAUCCACAGGCAUCUCCACGCGGUAGGCACUACUCGAAGUACUCUAGUGUAAAAUAGGGUCUACUUUGUUAAGCUUGCUUUUUACAUAAAAAACAGGUAUUUUUGUGUUUACUUAUCCUAUUCAAAGCUUUGAUAUUAGAAAUACUAAAAUAGAUAACAUGAGGAUGGUUUUGAAGCUGUUUUUCAAAUCCUCUUUCGAAUUUGUGAACUGUCAACAAAGUUUAACGCACGUUUUACAUAUGGAAGAUUUGGACACUUUAUUCUUUUAGAAGAUUGAUGACAAGAGUCAGUAUGAUAAUAUGGAGUACAAUUUCAAACUUUGCAAACAUAGGUUAGGGGUGGAUGGUAGGAAGCUCUAAGAUUAAAAUAAAUUAUUUUGUAGCAUACAUCUGAGGAUUGUUUAACUUAUUUAAUUAGUUAUUAUUUUUGAUAUGUAUUUUGCUAAUGAGCUUUUUAUAUUUAGUUCAAAACUAGAGCUGGAAUUUAGUAGACUUUUUUUAAUAAGCACGUUAGUAAUAUUUAGAAUCAGCGGUAGAAGCAUCAAUUCGUUGACACACAUAUUUGACUCAUAUUUAUUUCUAUCUCACCUGUAAAAAUUAUAGUCACACAUUAACUUUAUAUAUUACAUAUGAAAUCCCAUCGUAAUUAUUGAAUGUCCAAUUUAUAUGUUAAAGAAACUUCGUUGACUUUUGAAUUACUAGGGGCGAAUAUAUCUUUGGUUUUUUUGGAAAUUGGAAAAGCUGGUUUGUCAUUUUAUCAUUCGAAAUAAACUCUCGAAAGCUCAUGUUUAUUUCGAAUUGAGAAGUUCUUGGCUUUGUCAUUUAAUUCAAAUUUUUCUUUUAAAAUGAGUUGAAAUAAAAUAUUUAGGAUUAAGGUAGAAGUUUUUUAAAUAUACGAACGUACGAAUUUUAUCAUUUUUUAAGGCAUUUCACUAUUAAUCAAUUACAUAAUGUAUUCACAAUAACUGAUAAAUAUUUUUGGAUUAAAGAAAAUAAUUCACAAAAA